UCAGCCUCUGCCGGAGUUGUUUGGGAGUCUGAGCUCAAUGUGAUACUGUGCGUAAAAUCUACCUGUCAGACGCAGCGGUGGUAUGGCAGGCAGGGCUCAGCGAGCAAAGUCCAUUCUUACACACACACACGGAAUAACUUCCUUUAAUCGGAUGCCGUAUGUUGUACUAGGAUGGCAGCUUCCCAAAACUGAUAAUGUGAAGUAGAAAGGCUGGUCCGUCCGUCUCCAUCGAGUCAGUUGCGCCGAGGAACGAUGCUGAAUAAACCUGCCGAAGGAUUUUCCACUACAGACUGCCAAACCUUUCUCGGACUCCAUCCUCUGAUCCACUAGACAUCUGAACCUGCCAAUCAUGGAGAGCCUCAGCGAGCUCCAGAACCCUCUGCUAGACAAAACCAGCAGGCACACGGUGCACAACGACUACCAAGGUUACCAGUGCGACUACCCAAGCCAGCCUUACCAGGACAGCCUCAUCGGCUACUACUACACUGGGACUAAUGGCAAGAAUAAGACUCAGCAGUUCCUGGAUGCCACUUCUCUUCAUCUUGCGGUCGAGGCCUUCUACAGGCCGAAUUUCAUCUUGUACAAGGAUGACACCAGCCUCCACAGCAAGGACUCAAAGAGCGAGAGUUUUGAGACCACUUUCACAGAGAGUAAGGACACUGUGUUGGACGGAGUUUCCACAGAGAACCCUUUGGACAGCAUACAAGGAGACAAGAUCCAGACGGUGUCAUACGAGGUGGAGGAGGAGCAGGGUCCUGAAUAUGAGAGUGACAGCUCCAGUGACAGUGAGAGUGAGGACAACUUCAUUGUGCUGCCCCCUCGAGACUACCUGGGCCUAGCCAUCUUCUCCAUGCUCUGCUGCUUCUGGCCCUUGGGCAUCAUUGCCUUUUACUAUUCUCACAAGACUGGCAAGGCCAUCGCUAAGGGAGACUUCUCCAGAGCAGGAAUGAGCUCCAGAAGAGCCCUAUUCCUGGCUGCUCUUUCCAUUACUGUUGGAACAGGGAUGUAUGUGGGGGUGGUUGUGGCCCUCAUAGCCUACCUGUCCAAGCCUGGACACGUAUAGCGCUGGGACUGGUCUGCUUGGGGGAAGAUAGAGAGAAAGAGGAGGUAAGGUGGGAGGAAGGGAAAAGACGAGCUUGGACAGAUCUGUUCGCCUGUCCUGAAGGUGUGUGCUGCUGCUGCUGCCUGUCUGUCUGUCUGGGAAAAGAAGAAGCUAUACAGUAUGAAGAGAAAAGACUAACCAGAGAGAGAGAAAGAAAAAAAACAAGAUGUGUGGAUGGAUUAGCUACUUGGACUGCAUAUUGAUCUGGACUGAAUCUUUAUUUCUGGGAUACAACACUCCCACCAAGGUAUUCCACCACCACAAGAAGAAGAGACAGUAAGAAGAAGAAAAGACAGUGCUGACAAAGAUGAAAAAUCUUCCACAAAGACUAUGCUGUAUCUAUAUGUUAGAAAAAACUGAGCUCAUAGCGGUCAAAUAACUACCUACCGUCUGCCACAUUAGACGUUUACAGCAUUUUUAUUUUACCUUUACAGUAGAUGUAUUCUCUGUCAAUACUAUUGCAGAUUGUGUAUUGUCCACUUUGUAAAUUAAUUCCAUGGAAAACAGUCAGCCAGUGGGUUUUUAUGUGACUGUUUACUGAAGGAAUACACCGAAAAUUAAUCCAGUUGGUAAACAGUGAAAAGUGGACCCAUAAUAGAGGGUUAUUGUCAGACUGUACACAAAGCUGCUGAGCAGUGAGGGUUAUUUGUGUUUAUUGUGUACUGUAAAUUGAGUAAAUAAAUACAUUUGGCAUGAAUAAUGAA